AUGCUUUUUUUUUGCAGGUAUGGCAUAGUAAAAUCUAUACAUUGUGAUUUGGGCAAUGCCAGGCUUCAGAAUAGACACUUUCCGGUGUCAGUUCCACGAAAACCAGGCAGUACUAAGAAUUCUCACAACACAGAUCUCCUCAUCAACAACCCCUUUAAAACACAGAACACUGGACAUUGGACAAAAAUGACAGAGACAGAUAAGACAACAAAUCUUAACCCUUUCAGGUUUUUGGGCACUCACCUAUCCGAAACUGUGUCUGCAACACCUGUACUAGAGCAUAGGCUGUACUCAUCUUUAAUAAAUUUCUGCAACAUCCCCUAUCUCCCUUUUAACAUGUUCAUCGCUCAUUGGGACGAUUUCAAAUUCUUUACCGUCCAGAAAGACGCUCAUAACGGGAAGAACCUUCCUCAACCGCAGCAAGCGUUUACACCAAAAUCCAGUAAGCAAAAACUAUCUGACAUUGGAUAA